AUGUCUUCCCGGAGCCAAGAGCAAAACCAGAGCCCAGGGGGCCUUGACCCCUAUCUUUCUAGAACCCUGUUCCUGCUGUUGCUGUUAGCGGCCUCAACCCCGAGCGCCAAAGCCUGCCUGGUGUACAAUUCGGGCAACGGCAGCUCCAUCAACUGUCACCCGACCGCCGAACCUCCCCACCACCUCCCAGCCGACACUGUCUACCUGGCGGUGGAGUUCUUCAACCUGACCCAGCUGCCAGCCAACAUCCUCCAGGGCGCCUCCAACCUCCAGGAAUUACACCUCUCCAAUAAUCGGCUUGAAAACCUCUCGGCUGAGUUCCUGCUGCCCGUGCCCCAGCUGAAGGUGCUGGAUCUGACCCACAACGCUCUGUCCCAGCUGCCCGCUGGCCUCUUCCAGGCCUCUGCUGCCCUCCACACCCUGGUGCUGAAGGAGAACUGCCUGGAAGUCCUGAGGGCCUUGUGGCUGAACGGCUUGAAAGCUCUGGCGUAUCUGGACCUGUCUGGGAAUCGCCUCCAGAUGCUGCCCCCUGGGCUGCUGGCCAACCUCACGGCCUUGCAAAUCCUUGACCUCGGCGACAACCAGCUGGAGGUCUUGCCCUCUGACCUCCUGAGGGGCCCGCUGCGGUUGGAAAGGCUACAUCUGGAAAGUAACAGGUUGAGGGUUCUGGGAGGGGACCUGCUGGCGCCCCAGCCGGGCCUACGCUACCUCUUCCUGCAGAAUAACAGCCUGGCCACUGUGGCUGCCGGCGCCUUUCAGGGCCUGAAGGAGCUGGACAUGCUGGACCUCUCUGACAACUUGCUGACCAGCGUGCCCACGGGGCUCUGGGCAUCCCUGGGGCAACCCGCCCGGGCCAUGAAGGAAGGCUUUGACAUUUCCAGCAACCCCUGGGUCUGCGACAAAAACCUGGACGACCUCUAUCGCUGGCUCGUGGCCAACAAUGACACGAUGUUCUCCAGGAAGGACACACUCUGCGCUGGGCCUGAAGACAUGAAGGGGCGGGUACUCCUGGAAGUGGCCAGGUCCCAGUGAGGCACGGGGACGAGGUUGAGGGGACACUGCACCCCACUCUGCAAAUAACCCCACCCUUUCUAGGUGUGAGACUUGAGGCUUUUCCAUAGUCGCCUCCAAGCCCUUUUGACCCAGGUUUGUCAAAAUACAUCUGGGGCCUUCUGGCCUCCCUGCCUCUACUCCAGCUGCGUUUUCUGUCUGAAACACCUCUUCCUCUUCCUCUUGGCCUCGGGCCCUCCCAACCUCCUCCUGGCCUUGCUCUCAGGGUGUCUUUGUCUAGCUCUGUCUUCCCCAGAUUGGGGGGCUCCCUGAGUGCAGGUCCUGGGGCUGAGUCCCCUCGUACCCAGCAUCACUCAGCUUGAGGCCAGAUCUGAGGGGUUUAAUAAAGAACCAUUGAACGGAAUUGAAGGAAUCCAUAUACAUUGUGCUCUUUGCAUCUCCCAGUUGGCUUCCUAGGCCUCCAGGAUGAA